UUCUUCGUCAAUUCCAACCUGGCCACUCACCUCCACACCGUGGGAUACAACCUUCAAAGAACGAGCGAAAACCAGCAACUUCACAUUCAGAGAUGGCUACACGGGCAAACCCGCCUAAGAAGGUCCGGCUUGCCUGUCGUCGUUGUCGCACAAGACGAAUCAAGUGCGACGGAGAAGUCCCUGCUUGCACGAAUUGCGCCAAAGCCGGCGAAACUUGCCUGGAUGUUGAUAGUCAGAACUCGCGCUUGUUAGUUCCUCGCAACUUCGCGAGUGCGGCACGUGCUAGAAUUCAAUGGCUAGAGGAGAUAAUCAAACGGCGAUUACCUGAUGUCGAUAUAGCAAGCGGUCCGCAAAUAGACGCCUUCCCGGACCCGAAAGGAUCGGCUGUCGUCGGAGGUGGGGACCACGACGAGGAUAACAUCUCGACAUCGUCUCCCCGAUCCGGACGCGGAUGUAGUCAACCGGUGCCGGUGGGAGGAACUACGAGUCUGGGGUCGCAGCGAAUAGGCGGCUUGAAGCGUACCGCGGAGGCCGCGGGAUCCAACGAACACGACGAAGAGUUCCCGGAUCGCGCACACUCGGUCGCAAGGAAUUUGGGGAUGCUGUCUCUGAACUCGGAUUCGGAUCAAAAGCACUACUUGGGAUCAAGUUCCGGUGUUCUUUUCACAAAUCUCAUUGGGGCGUCUCCCUCAAGUGCGGGCUCAACACCGGCUGCUUUGAUGGACGACGUCCAGGCUCAGGGACCAACAUCUGAAUGGCACGACGCAUCCACAACAAGCAACGUGUCACAAGAGUACAAUCGUGCCUUACACGUAUGCCUGCGACAGGACCUUCCAAGGAAAGAAGAUGCCAUCAAGCUUGUACACACUUACAUCCGCUGGAUGCAUCCCGACUAUCCAGUCUUGGAACCAACGUCUUUACUUAGUGCUCUCGAUGCGCUCUACGCAACUUUCGAGUGCUUGCUGGACGAUGACCCCUUGCCAAAUGGCUGGCCAAGUUCCGUUCAAGCAUUCAGGUGGAAUGGGCGACAGAUCAUCCCGAGCGAUCAAGGCAUUCAAGCUGUGUCUAUGCCCGUUGUUGCUUUCACUCUCUUCAUGGUCUUCAAUAUCGCGGCCAUUGUGAAAGUCAGAUCGCGGAUCUACGAUUUCCCCCCUGAAAGAUUCUAUCGUGCCGCUCUACACUUCUCAAAGGAUUGUUUCUCGCAGAUAUCUUUGUCGUCGAUACAGGCGUUGGUGACUCUGAUAGUACACAGCAUUUUGACUCCUGCGGAGGUCAAUCUCUUCACGCUCAUCCAUAUUGCAUUGGCGCAUUGCGUAGAACUUGGGAUUCACAGGGAGCCACCGACAGCCAUAGAGCCGACUGAUUUCGAGAAUCAGCAAAUUAAUAGGUUAACUUUCUUCACCAUCUACUCUUUAGAUAGAUCCAUAUCAUCCAUCCAGGGCCGGCCGCUUGGCUUCCGCGAUGAAACAUUCGACAUCAUGUUGCCCGACCCUCAAUCGUCACGAACGGGCAAUACGAACAACCUCAGUUCAGUUCCAUUAUCCUUCUCGGAGGCUGUUCUGAGGUAUGCACGGCAUCAAUUCGAACUUGAUAGACUGGUUUCCGACGUCAAACAACAACUCUACCACCUUCCCUGCGACUCUUCCUGGUUCCCAGUGCUGCGGAAUCCAACUGACCAACAAGGAAGAAUUAAACGAGAGCUCGCAAACUGGUGGCGAAGAGUGUCAGAAGAAGCUUUUGACUUCCCGGGUGUUGACAAUCGGCAGCGUCGCAUCUGGAAGUUGAAGCUAAAGAUUAAAUAUCACACCACAAUGGUGAUGCUCUACCAGCCUUCACAAGUUUUUCGAAGCCCUCCUCCCGAGUCUCUCCAGAUCUGCUUCAACAGUGCUUCGUCAAUUUUGCAGGACUAUCAAGCAUUGCACGACAUGCAAGGUCUUCAUCAUGGAUGGCGAACGGUCCAGAACAUCUUCGCCGCCGGGGCGACACUAAUAUACUCUUUCUGGACAUGCCCCGUCGUUCGCCAGAGCGCGUCCACGGCAGACCUUUCAAGAAGCCUACGCGCUUGCUCAGGUCUCUUGACAGUUGGUGGGGAGUGGUGGCCGUCCGUCAAGAAGGGGCAGAGAAGUUUCGGGGCCAUUGUCGACCUUACAGUCCGCAAGCUCUACACCGGCAACAUGCCAUCAAAGAACCCCCGGCUUUUCGUGCCUCUCAGCGCCGAUGACGGAGAGACUACGCUCGAGCACUCAGAAGGAGCGCCUAUCUAUGACGCAACCGGUCAGCAGGCUGACCUUUCACACAUAACGCUCAACGGAGCGGACGCAUCAUGGCACCAGAUGUCGGGAGCCUCCGUGGAGAUGCCAAACUCCCAUGACCCGGUGCAUUGGCAAGGAGUCUACCCCGAUCCUACGUUCCAUUCAAGCACCAAUGAUUAUGUGCCGGAGAUUGAGACUUUCCUUGCCGAUUUUGACAAGUCCGAAUUCAGCUGGAGCAUUCCUCUAGCCGGCAUUAGCGAUCCCUACGAAAUGGCGAACUUCCCAAACCCGGGCUACUGAUGACACAGCUACCCGUCAGCGCCAUCUUGGGUCAGUUCAUUUGGGAGUAUUCCGCUUGCUUGAAUGCACCUUUGGUUGCGCUGCAAAAGCAGCUCAUACCGGAUAGCUCCGGGUGUUGAGCUUGGAUUUUGUGUAAGACGGAGCAGUCCGCCUUUAGAUCCUGGUCAGCCCCGGGACUACUCCGUGUCUACC